AUGGACGACGAACAACAUCGGCCUCCCCGUCGUCCAUCACUAGCGAUCAAUCAACUCGUCGGCAAUCUUGCCAAAUUUCCUCCGUUGUCAGAUUCUCCUACUUCUUCUAUCGGUCCUGCAGGCAUCGCGGGGGAAUCUCGAUUCCGUGCGCUCAAUGAGCACCACCACCAACACCCCUCCCUAAGCCGAGCUGGAGGAGGCGCCGCCAAAGUGGCCAUUCCCAGAGCUACGAAUCUGCAACUCAGAGAUCUUUCGAAGCAGGUCCAAGAAUAUGAACAACUUUUCACUGAGCUGCAAUCGAAACUUGAUCCCGACGAUAGUCAACUUAUUCAAGACCUCUUGGCUAAAUAUAAGCUUGAAGGGGACGGAUCCAUUGAUGAGUUUUCAACACCUGCGGCUCGGUCUGGCCCAUUGGACUCGGGUCCUUCUGAUACAGACUUAAUAGGAACUCCGGCCGCGCGACCCAUUGUGGCCAGCUUCCUGAGCGGCGCCGAUUACACAGAGGAGGACUUUAACCGCAAUGAACGUUCCAAAGCUCUCGGAUUCGUGGGCAAACACUCGGAGACUUCCUGGCUAUACAAUCUCAAGCGCGACCUGGAAUUUAACACUUCCCCUCUAGCCACGAGCAGCGAUGCCAAUCCUUCGAACACACCGGAUGAUCAGGACCGUAACGCGAUUGCAUCCGUGACUUACUUUCUAGACGACGAGGAUAUCCCUAUACUCGAGGACGCGGAACCACUGGCUCGACCACCACACGCGAUUGCGAACAGUCUUGUGCAGAAUUUUUUUACUACUGUACAUCCGACUUUUCCCAUUAUAGUGCCGGAGACAUUCAUCCACCAGGUGAAUACGUUCUAUACGAGCUCCUUUGUCAGGCCAGGUCGUAGAUGGCUUGCAAUCCUGAAUCUGGUCUUUGCUACGUCGUCGCGGGGUCUUCAUCAUCGGAUGCAUCCCGAUUCCAUGGCGACAAAUGAUGACACACUGUUGUAUUUUUCGCGGGCAUGGAAGCUUGGUAUGAAAGCAAAUACUCUUUUGGAACAUCCGGAUUUGCAACAGGUGCAAAUCGAGGGGUUGCUGGCACUGUUUUUGUUGGCCUCGGGACAUGUUAACAGGGCAUGGCGGAUAUGCGGCAUUGCGAUUCGAUCAGCAACUGCCAUGGGCCUCAACCUACGCAGUGAAAGCAAUUACGUGACACUUCCUUCAAAAGAAUCGCGCUAUAAAGUCUGGUGGUCGCUCUACGCUCUUGAGACCAUUCUCGGUAACAUGACCGGCCGACCGUUGAACUUGGACAACGACUUUUGCACUACUCCAUUACCGGUACCUUUCGAAGAACAUGAAUACAACGACGCGGAGGUGAUUCGGAUCAUGACAGACCACAAAACCCGCAACAAUCUCCUCGCACAUGUCAUUACAAGACCCGUUGGUGAGACACCAGUGGCACUAGACGCGCAAUCGAUUCGAAACGCAAUGGAUAUACUGAAACCAAACAUGACACUCUACUUUAUAUGCUACGUUGAUCUUACCCGGAUUAUGCGAGAGAUCGUCGAAACUCUUUACGCCCCUGAGAUCGUCCAGAACUCCGCCCGGGAUGCCGAAGCCGCCAUCACAGACGCAAUCGCGAAGCUAGAAACUUGGCUUUCCAAGCUACCAGCUGGGUUCAAAACUGUCGAGGAAGAUGGCUCACUUGUGGCGCGCGAUCGUUAUAGUCUCAGUCUUGCGCUACAUUACUACAGUGCUACAAUCUUAGCGUGUAAGCCUUGUCUACAUUACUUUGACAAACCAUCUACCUCUCCCGGAGACAACAGUUUCUACACUCGCAUCGCCGCUUCCUGUGUUCAGGCAGCCUAUCGAAUGCUGGAUCUCUUCCCGGCCGAGUUUGAUGGUACAUGGUUCAACCAAGCGGCUCCCUGGUGGUGCAUGCUUCAUUACACCGUGCAAGCCACCGCCGUUCUUCUGAUCGACUUUCCGCUUCAUCCUCCCGGAUCCAUGUCAGAAGGCUCGAGACAAGCUCUAGAGAAAGCAUCUAGCUGGCUUAAUGAUAUGGCGCACAGAGACUUGGCUUCGCGACGUGCGUGCGUUGUUUGUGGUGCGUUGUUGGCGAAGCUGUCAGGUGUGAUGGGGAUCAAUGCUGGUGGUAUUGGUGCUGCUGGAAAGAUGUUUGGUUCUCCUUCUGAAGUAGGCCUAUAUCGCUGA